AUGACCAGGUCUUGGGGUCCUGAAUUUAAGGGCUAUUACCAUAAUGCAAAUACUACACUCAAUGGGAUAAAUUUUUCUCAAAAUUGGCCAAGGGCUAGGCAACCUGUUGUGACAAUAAUCGUGGUAGGAAUUGGUUCGAUCCUAUUUCAUGGCACGUUACUCUUUUCCUUACAAUUAUUCGAUGAAGUACCAAUGAUGUUUUGUGUCUUGAUGUUGUGUUAUUCGGUAUUCGAAAAUCAAAAAGAGAAGAAAUUUGGAAAGUGGUUUCCUAUUGGAUUGACUAUUUGGGGUCUUUUUAUUACUGCAGUUAUGGUACUGAGUGGAAGGUAUCAUCAAGAUAGAAUGAUGCAGUUAAUUGAGUUUUAUGUUUUUCAAGGAUCAUUCGUAGUGAUGGCAGGAUGUGUUUACUUAAAUACUUUAUUUAUAGUAUUUGAUUCAAAGGCUGAAAAAGGUGUUCGCCGAUUAUGGUUAUUAGGAAGUGUUGUAUUUCUAAUCGGUUAUAUCGGGUGGCAUAUUGAUUUACAUUUUUGUAGUAGAAUGCAUAAUUUACCCUUUGAUGUACCUAAUCCUCAAUUACAUGCGUGGUGGCAUUUUACAGCUUCAUAUGGAAGUUACCUACUUUGUGUACUAGUAACUUAUAAUGGAUCAAAAGCAUUGGGUAAGAAUCCAAGCUUACGAUGGAUAUUGAGUAUUUUACCAUACAUUGAAUUACCGGAAAAUAAUUCUUUGAAUGAGAAAUCUGUACUCUAUGGAAAUGAAAAAAGUGAAAAAGUAUCCAAUUAUGGUACUAUUAUCAAUGAUGUUGGUCAAAAUGGUGAAUGUGAGAAACAUGUUAAUAUUAUUCAUACUUCAACAGUGUCUGAAUAUUCAGAACGAUUAGAAACUUAUUCAAAAAAACACAAUAUAAAAAAUUUUGAAUAUUCACAAUAUAGCGACCUUAAAUGUAUUGGUAAGGGAGGUUAUGGAGUUGUAUAUUCGGCCACUUUUCAGGGUCAGCAAUAUGCAUUAAAAAGUUUAAACAAUAACUUAAAUUUUGGAAAAAAAGAAUUCAAAAAUUUCAAACGUGAGCUUGAAUGUCUUUAUAAAAUUGAUCAUUCUAAUAUUAUAAAAUUUUAUGGAAUAUCUAGAGGCAAGAAUUUUACAAAUGAAUUUAAUCAGUGUCUAUUUUCUAAUGAAGUAUUAGUCGAACUUGAUAAAUUAUCAGCAGAAAUUAUUGUAGAGUUUAUUAUAUAUAAAAUUAAUAAUAAAAAACAAGAAAUUAAAUAUAAACUCCAAGAAAUUGAAGAUAGUGACCGAGAAAUUGAAGAUAGUAUCAGGGUGAAUCAAUUAAAGGAUUGGCUUCAAUUAAAUGAAGAAAAAGAUCAGUUAAUAAAUGAAAUAGAAGUACCAAAGAAGAACCUCGAACUUAUGAAAGAAAAACUUAAAAACGCUAAAAAUGAUAACAAGGAAACUAAAGAACUAGAAGAGCAAAUUAAAAAUUUACAAAAAGAAUUGGAUGAAUUAAAAGAAAAAUUUUAUUCUAAACUAGAUAAAAUGGGAACUAUUUUCAGAAAAAAAGAAAUAAUUAUUAAUACAUUGGAACUAUAUUUGAAGGCAGUAGAAAAAUGGAUUCCCGAUGGGACGAAUAAGUCUACUAAAGAGGAUGUAGUGAAUCUACAACAGGAACUAAAAAAACUUGGUCUUGCAGCAGAACUGAAUGAACUUUCGAAUAAACAAAGAGAGGUGAAUCAACUUAAGGAUUGGCUUCAAUUAAAUGAAGCAAAAGAUCAGUUAGUAAAUGAAAUAGAAGAACUAAAGAAGAAACUCGAACUUAAGGAAGAAGAACUUAAAAAUGCUAAAAAUGAUAGCAAGGAAACUAAAGAACUAAAAGAGCAAAUUAAAAAUUUACAAAAAGAAUUGGAUGCCAAAAAAGAAAAGAUAGAAGAACUUGAAAAUAAUGAAAAAGAAAUUAGAAAACUUUCUGAGUUGAAAACGGGAUUAAAGGAAUUAAAAGAAAAAUUUCAUGCGAAACUAGAUAAAAUGAUAACUAUUUCCAGUCAAAAAAAGAAAAUUAUUAAUACAUUGGAACUAUAUUUAGAGGCAGUGGAAAAACGGACUCACGAUGGGAUGGAUAAGUCUAUUAAGGAUGAAGUGGUGAACAAACAACAGGAGCUAAAAAAACUUGGCCUUGCAGCAGAACUGAAUGAUCUUUCGAAUAAACAAAGAGAGGUUACUAAGAUGGAAAUUAAGAUAGCUGAAAUUAAAGCAAAUAAGGCAAAAUUUAAAUGA